CAAACAAAAACGACAAAUGGGUUAAGAGGUUGAAUUGAAAAAAAAACUUAAAGAGUUGUGCGAAAAUAAUAUUGUUACCCGAUUUUCUUAUCAAAAUGAACAAAUGAAAAUCAAAAAAAAAAAAAUUUGUAAAUUGAUAGAAACGAAAUAUGAGCAAGAAAUCACUGAAGGAACAAAAUGGUCAUUCAAAAGAUAAAGAUUCUGAGGAGGAAAAUGAAGAGGACUUGCAUGAGGCGAUAAAGGAAAUGGUCAAGACUCCCGAUAUAGACGAAAGUCCGGGGACGAGUAGACGUCGCUCCGAGUGGCAGGAUCGUCCAGAAGAAGGUAAACAUAGCAAAAUGUCAACCCGAAAAGUGAUACCAAAAGAGCAAGCCGAGCAGGGUUCGCAAACGGGUGAGAAUCGUGAAAAAGCUAAAUCAUCAAGGCCUGAACAAACAAAACUAGAAAGUGAAGAAAGUUGGGCUACUCUGCUCAUAAAAAGGUUUUCCUGGACAAAGGACUCAAAAACUGUAACCGUUCCGCCCGAAAGUGAUUUAGUUAAAAGGGACGAGGCAAAUCCUACUACAAACAUUCAAUUAAAGGAUGUCUCAGAAAAUAGAAAAAACUUUAAAAAGAAUGAAACGGCAAAUAUAAAAUCUUCGACAGAAAGUUCAAAUGAAAGUCUCGUACGAACAGAUCAUUAUGGUUUUUCACAAUCAAAAACUGGAGAAACAAAAUCCAAUCAAAAACAAAUAAGUGAUGGCGAAUCAGGGGAAGAAUCGGCUAAGUUUCUUGAGAAAUUGCGAAAAAUUGAGGAAGCCUCCAAGCCCAAAUCUUGGAGAAGACCAAAACCAAUUGUCAUACAACCCAAACAGGUUUCUGCCACCACUAAAAUGAAAGCGGAUGAAGUGGAGGCGAAGCCACAUCCGGAUAAUGAAGAAAAGCAUAAGUACAUAAAUAUUUUAAAUGUUCCAUUUUGUCGUAAUCUUAAUUAUGCAGCAGAAAAUGAGACGAUCAAUCAACCGACAUUCAAUCAAACACCUGAAGAUGUAGAUACGACGACAAUAGACCCUCAAACAAGACCACAAAAAACUGAAGAAAUGAACGCGGAAAUACCUGAAAAAAACAGUGCAGAAAAGACUUUAGAGAAUUCCGAGCAAAAAAAGCAUGCUAAUAGCGAUUCGCAAAGAACUCUCACAAUUACGGGGCACUCGCAUAUUACCACGAAAUGGCAAGACCACUGCCACUUCAAGAAAUCGCAACACACUGGAGUGGAUAAGCCCGCCAGACGCAAGCUUAUAAUCGCCUGCAUUCUGUGUUUCGUUUUCAUGAUUGUCGAGAUUGUCGGAGGCGUUGUUUCCAAUAGUCUGGCCAUCGCCACGGAUGCUGCCCAUUUGCUAACGGAUCUGGCCUCGUUCCUCAUCUCUCUGUUCGCCUUGUAUCUGGCUGGCAGGCCCUCGUCAGAGCGGCUCAACUUUGGAUGGUAUCGGGCGGAGGUCAUCGGAGCCAUGAUAUCCGUAUUUUUUAUCUGGGUAAUCACAGGCAUCCUUGUGUAUAUGGCCAUUAUGCGGUGGGUAAACCAAGAGUUCGAUCUGGAGGCCAAAAUUAUGCUGAUCACCUCGGCGUUGGCCAUAUUAUUUAACAUAAUAAUGGCAGUGCACUUAAGCCACGGGCACUCGCAUUUUACUCCGGGCAAGUUCAAGCGGUCAGAGGCAAUUGAGUCGCAGCAAGUGAAAGAAGCUGACUUGGGCUCUCAAAAGGGUCUCAUAUUGAUGGGAAGGUCGGUGUCUGCCCAAUUCCCCGUGAAGGUUGAACAAAAUAUCAAUGUGCGGGCGGCAUUGAUCCAUGUGAUAGGGGAUCUUAUUCAGAGCAUUGGGGUUUUUGUGGCCGCAUUGAUUAUAUACUUUGAGCCGAAAUGGGCGUUUAUGGACUCCGUGUGCACGUUCGUCUUCUCAGUGCUGGUUCUUGUAGUCACAUUCAAAAUAUUAAAGGACGUACUCAUGGUCCUGAUGGAGGCCACGCCGGACUACAUGGACUACGAGGAAGUGAAGCGAACAUUUCUCUCCAUUCCGGGUGUAGAGCAUGUCCAUAACCUGAGGAUUUGGGCCCUGUCCAUCAAUAAGAUUGCUUUGUCCGCCCAUUUGGCCAUCUCCAAGGACGCCGAUCCCCAGCUGAUCCUCGAGGAGGCCACCACCCUCAUACACAAGAGGUACAGAUUCUUCGAGUCCACCAUCCAGAUUGAGGAGUUUUCGCCGGAUAUGAAGAACUGCGAGCAGUGCUCGCGUCCUUCGGUUAAAACGGAAGAUCGAAGGCCAUCGGACUUGGAAGAAGGCGUAGGCGGUGGUGACCGGAAAAAGGAUCCGGAAAAUGGUUAAAAACUUAA